AGGAGUUCUCCGAGCAGUCGAUGGCCGAGGCGGCGGGCCUGGGCGAGGAGGUCGCCGACCUCAGCCAGACAGAGAUGCAGCUCUGCUACGACGAGUACUCGGCAGACGAGGAGGUCCGGGCCGCGUGGGAGCAGUCCGGCGUGGAGAGCGGCAUGAUGCUGCGGAACGCCAUGAUGUCCUCCAUCCCCGCGGCGCGGUCCGCGGCGUCCUCGGCGGGCCCGGAGGACCGGAAAGGCAAGAAGCUGAAGUCCUCGGAGAUCGUCGAGAUGCAGGAGCUCAUGCUAGACAAGCUGAUCCUCUACCACAAGGAUGCGCUCACAGCCUUCUCUGGCGGGAGGGGCCCGCCGACGCCCUGGAGGGCAGAGAUAGCGGUCCAGAUGGUGCAGGCUCUCGCGAGCGCGGCCGUGGAGCACCGGUACGGGACCUCGGCCGAGGACAUGACCGUGGCGGGCUUCCAGCACGCCUCCGCCCUGCAGAAGAACGAGCGGUUCACGCGGGCGACGGAGAAGCAGCAGGAGAUCCUGAUGGCCGUCGCCAGACUCUGCGCCCCAGAGAGCUAGACGAGUGGCGGCUCCACCGACGCCACCAUGUUCACCACGAUCGCGAAGCUGCUACGGUACCACUCCUACAGUGGGAGGCGCCGGCGCCCCUGGCCCGGGCGCGGGGGUGCCGGCCACCGCAGGUGCCGCGCGGCGGCCCCG